AUGGCGAAAAAUUUCCAAGUAAUUAACAAUAAACUCUAUAAAAAGAAGGGAAGAAAUGACCAAGAAUUUAGGAGAGAUUUUCAUCAAAUAUUACUGGAAUGGAAUGUACCUGGAUGUUUACGACUAUAUAUGAUCUUGCAACAGAACGGAACAACUGAGAACCUGGCGUUAUCAUGUCGAGUCUGGAUCAGAGACAUAUGUAAUAACUCUGAUGGGCCAAAUAACUCUAUUAUUGAGCCACAGCAUUGGAUCCAAUUUCUCAACACUGAUUUUUGGUUAUAG